AUGUCUUUGAAUAAAAGUAACAAAACUUCUUUGGAAAUUAAAGAAUCGACUAAUCUAUCUCCAUCUGUUACUCUGUUAUCUCCUUUAGAAGAUCUUAUAGAUAUUAGUGAUGAAGAAUCACAAAAAUCGUAUGAAGAAAGCUAUUCAUUUUUAGUUAGAAGAAUGUCAGUUAUCUCUCAGAAAAAAAGGAAGUCUGAAAUCUUGAUUCUGAAAGUAGUAGGUGAACUAUUUUCUAAUGGUGAUAGUGAUAAUGGUGAUGAUGUAUUUGAAGAAGACAAUAAAAGAACCUUGAAGAUGAUGCUUUAG